AUGAAGGCCUUCGGUAUCAUCGCUUUUGCAGCUGCAGCGGCUGCCCAUGCCACAAUUCAGGCAGCUUGGAUCAAUGGAGUUGAUCAAGGAUUAGGCAACAGUGCUUCGGGAUAUAUUCGUUCGCCCCCCAAUAACUCGCCUCUCGUUGAUGUCAAGUCGAAGGACAUGACUUGCAAUGUGAACAACGCUGCCACAGCCAAGACGCUAUCAGUCAAAGCUGGCGACAAGUUUGAGUUCGAAUGGCACCAUGUGAGCCGGAGUGCCGGCGAUCAAAUCAUCGAUCCUUCCCACAGAGGUCCUGUCCUGGUGUACAUCGCACCCACCGAUAAGGGAUCAGCCGGUAACGGCUGGGUCAAGCUCGCAGAGGAUGGAUUCGACGGACAAUGGGGCGUUGAGAGACUUAGGGCCAAUGGAGGUAGACACUCCGUUGUUAUCCCAGACCUUGUCCCUGGCGAAUACCUCCUCCGUGGUGAGAUCAUCGCCCUUCAUGAGGGUGAUCGUCUCAAUGGGGCACAAUUCUACAUGGAAUGUGUUCAGGUCAAAAUCACCUCGUCUGGAACUACAACUCUUCCAGCUGGUGUCUCGAUUCCCGGAACAUAUUCUGCCACUGACCCUGGUAUCUUGUUCGACCUCUACAAUGGUGUCAAGCCAUAUCCAAUUCCUGGACCCGCUGUCUGGGAUGGUGCAUCAUCUGGCCCGGCGCCCACAUCCCCAGCACCAACAACCACGGCUCUUGCGUCGACCACUGCUGUGCCAACUACUUUCCAGACCGUGGUGAAACCCACCACUAGCAACGUAGCACCACCUCCAGCGACCACCACUCCACCAACUCAAGGUGGCAGCGGCUCAGUGGCUGUCUGGCAGCAAUGUGGCGGUAUCAAUUACAGCGGCCCCACGGGCUGCCAGUCGGGCCUCAUCUGCCAGCAGUGGAACCCAUAUUACUUCCAGUGUAUCAGCCCUGAUAUCAGCACUUGA